AAUCAACCUUUUUUUUCUCUCUCUCGGUGUGGACUCUCUGGUCCCCUCGGGGACCUCAGGGGGGUCCGUGGAUCCGCUCCGGGAGCCCCUGACUUUGCCUGUCUCUCUCUGUGCCAGACAUUCCUGUACAGCAGCCAGCAGAGCAGCAGCAGCGGCGCGGACUCCUCCUCCUCCGCUAACAAACCCGGAGCACGUAGCAACAACUGAGCCAAUGUGCACCACGGCGAUCCGUCCUACCGACUGCGGUGCCUGGCAACAGAAAAGGACGUGAUGACGUCCUCCCCAGAUUGCGUAUUAUGGGAUGUGCGGAAUUAAACAACCCGAAGAGGACACGGGGAAGCCAAAAAUAAUAAAAGAGACAGACAUAAGCGGGGUGCAUGGUGAAUCAUGGAGCUCUCGGCUGUCGGCGAGAGCGUCUUCGCAGCCGAGUCCAUCAUCAAACGGCGGAUCAGACGGGUAUUCGCCGCCUUUUCAGCCUCUGCCUGUGUCUCCACACCUAUUACGCAACCAUUUGUUUGUGCAGCGCCGACAGGCAAACCCUCUGAUAACCUGAACGUGUUACCGAUCUGUUUUGCAGGGUCGCUGGGAAUAUCUCGUGAAAUGGAAGGGCUGGUCUCAGAAGUGAGUAAAAUACCCGAGGCUGUGAAGGACAGCGCUCCAUCCUGGCCGCUCGUACAACUGCACCACCACCUCACUCUGUCGUUUUCCAGCUUGUGGACGUUUUGUUAAUCAUAUCUGCUUCUUGCACUGUUAAAACGGACUUCUGCUGUUUCUUUUACUCCAACCCGGAGCCGCUGAUGUCUGAGCGGCAGCCUGUUAGCGCGUACCAAAGUCCACACUAGCUUUUAGCAAUGGCUGGGUUUCCCCAUGCGUCAAUGUCCGCUACGUAGUCUGUAAUUGCAGCUGCACACAGCGAGAUUGCAGUUGAUAAAAGUGUCAGAUGGCGCCUGUGUGCGCUCCGAGGUCGCUAACAGCUCUCCUCUGUGCUGUCAUGUCGCAGGUACAGCACCUGGGAGCCGGAGGAAAACAUUCUGGACGCGCGACUCUUCGCUGCCUUCGAGGAGAGGUGAGGGUUUGACAGCGCAGAGGUAGGCCUCUGUGCAGAAAAGAGACGGCACGGCGCGCUCUGCGCAAAUAAAUGUGACCAUUAAGUAGAAAUUCAGUGGAAAAAUGAGUCUCUGAAUGUCAUGUUUGUGUCGAGGAAAGCUUUCAUGAGAGUAAACGGAGCGAAAGUUUGGUUGUUUCAUUUCUUAGAGUUGUCAUUUCCUUUCAUCCACACUCACCCGGACACUUCAUUCGCUUUAAUUUGACUUCUUUCUAAUUAUAACCAACACGAAACUGUAAAAAAUCUCACUCCUUCACACGGAUUCUCCUUUUUAAAAUUACUUCAGUCGAUUUAAGCGCCUAGAUGAACCAAAAACAAAUCUUUGUGAUGGAUCUAAAACGGAUUUUUUUGUUCUGAAGGGAGCGCGAAAGAGAGCUGUUCGGACCCAAGAAGAGGGGACCUAAACCCGAGACGUUUCUCUUGAAGGUGGGUAAAAUUAUUUGCAUGCGCAUUUCUGGUUUUGAGAGUGAUGAAUAAUUUCCUACACUCAUCUCGAAAGUGUGUUUUUAAAAGUGACUCAAACUCGUACAGCUUUGGCUUUCAGGAGGUUUGACUUUCUACAAUUUUAAGCUCUUUCGUUUUAUGAUUUUUAAACGCUGUUAAUUUUGCUUCAUUUUUAAACGUGGCCUUGAGAGUUCAGUGGGUCUAACCGGGUCUGUCCCGUCCUCAGGCCAAAGCCAAAGCCAAAGAAAAGACGUACGAAUUCAGAGGAGAGGCCCCACGAGGGAUCCAGGUGACCUACCCCAUCCCGGAGCCCGUCAUAACACCGAGGGCCAGAGAGGGUUUACGCGCGGUUGUUCCCACGAUCUUCCCACCGAGCGCCAUCAACAGAGGAGAGAGCGUUCACGUGCGGCUCCCGGAGCUGGAGAGGAGGCCCAGACCGGCUCCGACAGCUUCCCAAGAACCGGCCCGGGUACCCAAGAAGAGAGGACGCAAACCGAAGCUGCAUCUACGUUAUGUAGAGGAGGAGGAGGAGGAGGAGGAGGAGGAUGAUGGUGAGGCAGAGGAGCCUGAUGUCAAACGGAGCAGGCCUCAGCAGCAGCAGGAGCACGAGGAUGAGGAGGAGCAGGGGUCACAUGGUUUGUCUAAACUGUCCCGGCGUUUACACCAUCACCAUCACCACCAUCACUAUCACCACCGCCGAGGGGAGACCUCCGACCACAGCCUCAUCCAGCUCACCAAGAGGUUCCAGGAGGAGACCACCAUCACGCCCAAACCCAGCAGCGAGCAGCAGCAGAGGCACGCGGGACUGUCUUACAGCCGCGCGUUCAGCACGAGCGGUCAGAAACUGCACAGGACUCUUGGUUUCACGGGUGGGUCUGUCCCCCACCACCACCACCACCACAGAAAGCUGAAACACUCAGCAGACCCGCAGAGACAGCAGGGGAGCAGGGAGUGCUGUCCGCCUAGGGAACAGCCAGAGGUCAGCUACGACCCGCCCGCGCGCCCUUCCCCAUCCCCAUCCUCGUCCUGGAGGCCGAGUCUCUCCAACCUGGACACUGUGACCGUGACGGACGUGACCAUGAACUUUCUGACCGUGACUGUGAGGGAGAGCAGCACAGACAAAGGUUUCUUCAAGGGAAAGAGAUGAGGAGGAGGAGGAGGAGCUCACUAACAAACCCGCCGUUAUUACUCUAUUUUUUCUAUCUUACUAUCAAACCUGUACAGAAAAACAGAAAUAUGAGAGGCUGCUGAAAACAAAUAAACAUGAGUCUGAGAGUGAAGAGUCUGG